AGUGCUUGCUCACAUGAGUUUUUGUGUACAUGUCGAACGGCUGCUGUGACUGGUUGCUAUGCUGUACACAUAUUCAGAGUAAACGAAACAUAGAUAACAUUAUCCGAUUAUGCAUUUAGUAACUGUUUAUGUCUACAGAAAUAUUGCAUAAAGAAAAUGAAAGUAGUCGCGUUGAUAAGUGGAGGCAAAGACAGCUGUUAUAACAUGAUGCAAUGUGUUGCUGCUGGGCACCAGAUAGUAGCGCUCGCCAACCUGCGUCCUGCUAACAAAGAUGAGUUGGACAGCUACAUGUAUCAGACGGUGGGGCACCAGGCCAUAGACCUGUAUGCUGAGGCUAUGGAUCUGCCCCUGUACAGACGCACCAUCCAGGGCUCCAGCCUCGACACUGGGAGAGACUACAGCCAGACAGAGGGAGACGAAGUGGAAGACCUCUACCAUCUACUGAGCAUGGUUCAGGAAAAGGAGGAUGUCGAGGCGGUGUCUGUAGGGGCCAUUCUUUCAGACUACCAAAGAGUACGAGUGGAAAAUGUGUGUGUGCGACUGGGUCUGCAGCCCCUGGCCUACCUGUGGCGCCGUGACCAGGCAACCCUGCUCUCCGAGAUGAUAUCGUGUGACCUCCACGCCCUCCUCAUCAAAGUGGCCGCCUUCGGGCUGGAUCCUGAGAAACACUUGGGGAAACCUCUGGCUGACAUGGAGCCCUAUCUAACUCAGCUUUCUGAGAAGUAUGGAGUCCAUAUCUGUGGAGAAGGGGGCGAGUACGAGACAUUUACUCUCGAUUGUCCUCUGUUCAAGAAGAGACUUGUUAUUGAUGCUAUGGAGACAGUGAUCCACUCUGCAGAUGCCUUUGCUCCGGUUGGCUACCUGCACUUCAGUAUGAUGCACACAGAGGACAAGGUGAAUGGCGCGGUGGCGAGUGCUUUGCCCCUCGGUAGUUGUCCUUGCCAGAGUGUCAUUGAAAAGAUGACUGAGGAGGCUGAUCAAGCUGAAGACAUCCAGGAAGAAUUUACAUCAAAUGGCGACCUUAGUUGUCAUCGGGGCCGUGACUUCCCGUCCUGCUCACCUAAAAGCUCCAGGGGCUACCAGUGGAUCUCAGGCAUCACCGGGCUUCACAGCCCAGACCCAGGGAUCCAGAGUCAGACCAAUACAGCAUUCACUCUGCUGCAAGGUGAGCUGGAGAGGAGAGGCUGGCAGCUGAAGCAUAUUGUUCUGGUUCACCUGUAUGUGAGGAACAUGGAGGACUUCAUUUCACUCAACAAAGUCUACACCACCCACUUUGGCAUAAACCCUCCUGCCAGGGUGUGUGUCCAGGCACCUCUACCUGCCGGUCAGCUCCUCCAGAUGGACUGUCUGCUCCACGACUGGCCCCCGGUGCCACAGGAGGCCCAGCAGGAGGCUACCUUUCACCACAGAGAGGCUCUUCAUGUCCAGAGCCUGUCCCACUGGGCUCCCGCCAACAUCGGGCCCUACAGCCAGGCCCUCAGGGUGGAUGAGGCAGUGUUCUGUGCAGGCCAGAUCGCCCUGGUGCCUUGUACCAUGCAGCUGGUGAGGGCUGGAGCGAGGACCCAGGCCUGCCUGUCCUUCAGCCACAUAGAGAAGGUUCUGGAAGCAGUGAUCAGCAGCCUUACCCUGGGCCAUGUGCUGCAGGCCCACUGCUACGCCACCCGCAGCCAAGACAUCCCUGUCAUCAGAGCAGUCUGGGACAGCAAGCUGAGGGCCGCACAAGAGAAGGAGGAAUCAUUCGGGGAGCAAGAGAUUCAGAGUGGACCCUUGGUGGUUACCGUGGUCCCUGCCUUACCCAGGGGAGCGGCUGUGGAACUGCACGUCAUUGCUGCCCACGACGACCCCAGACACAGGACUUCCUGUCACAUGACUACUGAGGUGGCGUGUGGAACCAUAGAAUGUCAUGCCAUGCUGUCCAGCGAUAGCCAGUGUGCCACUGUAUCCUUGGCACUGAUGGUGCCCAGCUCUGCGCCAGCUGUUUUAGGGGUGGAAGGGGAGAUACUGGGGGCACUGGUUGCUACCCUUCAGAGUGCCAUGCAGAAGAUCUGUGGUGGCGGGAUCUCUCCACUGUGUGCCAGGGUGUUCUACAAGUGUAACAAUGCUCUGGCUGGACAGCUUGUAACAGCACGCACAGCCCCAGCCAUGGCCUGGGAGAGGGCCUGUGGCCAGGCAGCCUUCAUGGUUCACAGCCCAGCUCCGCGCCUAAUGCUUUGCAAAAGUCAAAGAAGGAAAAGUAGCACCUCUGGCGCUAGCCGUCACAGCCACAAACUGCCACUGUUGUAGCGCAGUGCAACACCGCUGAAAAAUGUGACCCACCCCGAGUCACUAUCGUUGCGCUUCACGGCUGAUAGACAGACAUAUGCUCCGGAUGAAACCUUUUACAUGUUGUCUGAAGAUAUUACUUACGUUACAGAGACUCAACAACCCUACAUAUGGCCUAGUUGUGUCAGAUGAUUUGCACUUCUAAUGAAGUGAUUUGUCUACUAUUUAACAAUAUUCUUAUGAAAACAUUUCAAAAGACAUAUUAGUAUGUUUUCGUUGUUUUCUAUAAAUAAUGAGUAAAAAUGCUGUUAUAGAUCCACUGAAAUGUUGAAAGAAAGGCAUCAAUUGUUUCAUAAAAAAUCUAUUUACAGUGCAUUCGGAAAGUAUUCAGACCCCUUGACUUUUCCACAUUUUAUUACGUUACAGCCUUAUUCUAAAAUUAAUUUUAUCAUUUGUUUUACCCUCCUCAAUCUACACACAAUACCCCAUAAUGACGAAGCAAAAACGGGUUUUUAGAAAUGUUUGCAAAUGUAUUUAAAAAAAAAACUGAUAUAUUACACUAACAUAAGUAUUCAGACCCUUCACUCAGUACUUUGUUGAAGCAGUGAUUACAGCCUCGAGUAUUCUUGGGUAUGAUGCUACAAGCUUGGCACACCUGUAUUUGGGCAGUUUUUCCCAUUCUUCUCUGCAGAUCCUCUCAAGCUAUGUCAGGUUGGAUGGAGCUUUGCAGCACAGCUAUUUUCAGGUCUCUCCAGAGAUGUUCGAUCGGGUUCAAGUCCGGGCUCUGGCUGGGCCACUCAAGGACAUUCAGAGACUUGUCCUGAAGCCAGUCCUGCAUUGUCUUGGAUGCGUGCGUUGUUGUCCUGUUGGAAGGUGAACCUUCGCCCCAGUCUGACAUCCUGAGCUUUCUGGAGCAGGUUUUCAUCAAGGAUCUCUCUGUACUUUGCCCCGUUCAUCUUUCCCUCGAUCCUGACUAGUUUCCCAGUCCCUGCCACUGAAAAACAUCCCCACAGCAUGAUGCUGCCACCACCAUGCGUCACCGUAGGGAUGGUCCCAGGUUUCCUCCAGACGUGACGCUUGACAUUCAGGCUAAAGAGUUCAAUCUUGGUUUCAUGAGACCAGAGUAUCUUGUUUCUCAUGGUCUGAGAGUCUUCAGUUGCCUUUUGGCAAACUCCAAGCGGGCUGUCAUGUGCCUUUUACUGAGGAGUGGCUUACGUCUGGCCACUCUACCAUAAAGGCCUGAUUGGUGGAGUGCUGCAUAGAUGGAUGCCCUUCUGGAAAGUUCUCCCAUCUCCACAGAGAACCUUUGGAGCUCUGUCAGAGUGACCAUCGGGUUCUUGGUCACCUCCCUAACCAAGGCUCGUCUCACCCGAUGGCCUAGUUUGGCCUGGCGGCCAGCUCUAGAAAAGGUCUUGGUGGUUCCAAAUAUAUAUAUAUACAGUACCAGUCAAACGUUUGGACACACCUACUCAUUCAAGGGUUUUGCUUCAUGGCCCAAGCAUGGCCCAAGCAAGUCUCUUCUUAUUAUUGGUGUCCUUUAGGCGUGGUUUCUUUGGAGCAAUUUGACCAUGAAGGCCUGAUUCACGCAGUCUCCUUUGAACAGUUGAUGUUGAGAUGUGUCUGUUACUUGAACUCUGUGAAGCAAUUAUUUGGGCUGCAAUCUGAGGUGCAGUU